UGCAAACUGAUUUGGCCACUGAUGUCACUCACUUUGUCUGUCAGUAUUUUCACUUUAUCUUCCAUGUCAAUCGAACGGUGUUGAGGGAUUACAAAUCCUUUGCAACCAAGAAUCAAGCUGCAAGCCACAUUAAUUUGGAUUAUUCUUAUAUGGAUCUUCGCCUUCUUUAUUUUUGUUCCGUUAAUGAUUGUGGCGCGGCCGGAAGCCUACCAUAGAAUCGUUAUUUUCCUCAUCAGGUCUCGGCUGCCGAUGCUAACCACAAUCAACGCUAGGGAAGAGGUUAUCAGGCACAAAACAAGAAGCGAAGAUGUCCAGAUAAUCCGAACACCGGCUGUUAUCGUAAUUUUGUUCAUGGUCUGCAUGCUUCCAAAUCAAAUCGCCUGGCUGCUGUUUCACUUUGGCGAUGACUCGUACAAGGAGCUUUCAGACGCAUUUUGGACCUGUGCGGAAGCUUUCCUGUUCUUACACUCAUGUAUAAACCCAAUCGUGUACGGUUCUCUUACUCGGCAGUUUCGUUGA